AUGCGUUUCUCGCUGUCCAGGUCGCUGCUCUGGCUCACAGCGGCCGCCCUGCCCCUGGCCUCCGCCGAGCGCAUCAUCGAAUCCAAGUCGCUCAACCCCUGCAUGAGCAACUCCAGCCUGUCCGCUACCCUCUUCAAUGUCGCCUUCACACCCAGCAACCGCAGUCUGGCCUUCAAGAUUGAGGGUAUCUCCAAUAUCGAGGGCAGGAUCGAGGCCGACCUCGAGCUGCUCGUCUAUGGCUACUCUGCCAUGAACCAGAAGCUCGACCCCUGCAGCUCAGAGGAUCUGUCGUCCAUGUGCCCCAUGAACGCUGGGCCCUUGGUCAUCAAGUCCAACCUCGACAUCAGUCAAGAUAUCAUGAGCUCCAUUCCUGGCAUCGCCUACACAAUCCCCGACUUGGACGCGGUCGUCCGAAUUAAGAUCAAGGAUGCAACAACCCACCAGCAGCUGGCAUGUGUGGAGGCUGAGCUUUCCAACGGGCACACUGUCGACCAAAAGGCCGUUGCAUGGACGACAGCCUUGAUAGCUGCCACGGGGUUGGUGACGUCGGCUAUAGCAUCGGGCUUGGGGCACUCCAACACCGCAGCUCACGUUGCCGCCAACGCCAUGUCGCUCUUCGGUUUCUUCCAGGCGCAGGCUUUCAUUGGCAUGUGCUCCACUCCUUUGCCUCCCAUCGUCUCCGCCUGGACCCAAAACUUCCAGUGGACCAUGGGUAUUAUUCGCGUCGGUUUCCUUCAGAAGAUGGCGACAUGGUACCAGCGUGCAACUGGCGGAACGCCAACCAACCAUUUGUCGAACCUUUCCUUUGUCUCCAUUGAGGUUCAGAAGAAGAUGAAGAUGAAACGUGGUGUUGAAUUCGCUACCCGUGCUUUCCAGCGUCUCGCAAGUCGCAGUAACGCAGCUUCCACCGAACUUCAAAACAGCGACCGUGUCGUACUCCACGGUAUCGAGCGUGUUGGUUUCAAGGCCAAGAUUGAGACGACCAACAUCUUCUUCACGGGCUACACUUUUUUCAUUGUCUUUGUUCUGUUCGUUGUCAUUGGCGUGCUACUCUUCAAGUAUGCAUGCGAGGGUCUGACCAAGGCUGGUAGGAUGAAGGGCGACAAGUUUAUCGAUUUCCGCAAUGGGUGGCAGACCGUUCUCAAGGGCAUCCUUUUCCGAGUUGUACUCAUUGGUUUUCCUCAGAUGAUGGUCCUGUCUUUCUGGGAGCUUACUCAACGCGAUUCCGCCGGUCUGAUUGUUCUGGCUAUCCUUACCAUGGUCACCAUGAUCGGUGUCCUUGCUUGGGCUUCUUCCAAAGUAGUACGCAUUGCGCAGCGCUCCAUUACUAUGCACAAGAACCCCGCCUACAUUCUUUACUCGGAUCCUACCGCACUCAACAAGUGGGGUUUCCUCUAUGUCCAAUUCAAGGCGGCUGCCUACUGGUUCAUCAUCCCUUGGCUUGGAUACCUUCUCAUCAAGGCCAUGUUUGUUGGUCUUUCCCAGGAGAGCCCCAAGGUACAGGCUGUAGCACUGCUCAUCAUUGAGUUGGCAUUGCUGGUUGGUGUCUCUGUCCUCCGCCCAUGGAUGGACAAGAAGACCAACGGUUUCAACAUUGCCAUUGCGGCUGUCAACUUCCUUAGCUCUUUCUUCCUUGUCAUGUUCACUGAAAUUUUUGGACAACCCGCCGUUGUCUCUGGUGCCAUGGGUGUCAUUUUCUUCAUCAUCAACGCCGCCUUUUCGCUCAUCUUGCUUCUCAUGCUUCUCGUUUCUUCCGGCUUCGCUCUCUUUACCAAGAACCCCGAUACACGCUACCAACCUAUGCGCGACGACCGUGGCUCUUUUAUCAAGUCUCAGACCCAACUCACCACUGAACUCGACGCUCUUGGCGCCACCGCCCGAGGCGAAGGCAAAGGCACCCAGGGCUCCCGCAGCCGCCUGGACGAUGACGACGACUUUUCCUCUGCCGAGGGCCCUCGCCACUCCCCUGCGGAAAAGGCUGGAUUCGGUGAACACUACCAACCGAUUGCCCCACGACGAGAUGACAACAUCUCGCCCGCGCCCCCCUCUUUUUACGAAGACCGUAGUCCCGCUCCCUCGUACAACACCAGGCCCGGCACCAGCGGCGAGCGAAACGAUGUGCAGUACCGCCAGGGGAACAGCUCGAGUCCGUGGCAGAGGGGUGCGGGGUAUGAGCAUUGA